AUGGACAAGGCCUCUCUCGCGUGCUCGAUAGGGUCGUUUGUCUUCUUCGCGGUGGGUGUCGCGUGCUCAUUCCUGCUGGCCAGGCUCGUGGACUCCUCCCGCGGCUCGGCGGAGGAGUGGGUUUACUCCGAGGAGUCGGGUUUCUCCGCAGAGAGAGCCCUCUCUCUCUUCGCGACGACGUCGUCGACGCCCGAGCUCGUGACCGCCCUGAGCUUCAUCAAUGUCACCGACCCCGACGACUUUGACACCCUGUCCGACAAGCAGGCGAGCAAGGAAGAAAUAUCUCAGGUGGUACUGAUCAGGAGGGUAGACCCGUCCCUCUUAGACUCCGUGGCCAGCGAGUUGAGCGGGAUGUACAACACGACCAUCGUCCCGAGAUACAUCACCGACCGGGACGUGGAGGGCGAUCUCUACGUCGUGGAGUACGUAUUUCCGAGGAAUGAACUCGUCCUCGGUUUGGUGGUAAAUUCCGAAGAAUCCAGGGCGGACGCGAUAGACACGGCGGUGCAAUCGGGGGAGGCCACGUUCCUGGACAAUGUCGUCCUGGCAGACACAGGAGAGCUAGGGAGGGUGGGCUUCUACCCCAUAAUCUCCAGCUGGGCAUGGCCUUCUAACAAUAGAGUGCUCGCCAUGGUAAUUAGAUACAACGCCUUGUUCGAAAGUUUCGUGACGGAGUUGGAGUCGACGUUCCCCGGCACCGAAGUAGAGAUUUUCGUGGACGGCAACAAGGUCUUCGACUCGGAACCGCAGAGAGACCUGGACGACGACAACUCGAUGCGGUUCAACUCGAGCGUGAUGGACAUCCUUGUCUCGGAGCUCGACAAUCAGGAGUACAGCGACUUCUUCGUCUAUCUGUUCGUCUCCGGCGUGGCCAUCGUUGCCAGCCUGGCCGUGACUCUGCUACUCAUGAACGGUUCCAGGGUUAGGGCCGAGCGGUACUCGAGCCUCAAGUCGAGGUUCAUCGCCGACAUUUCGCACGAGAUCCGGACGCCCAUGAACGGAAUCCUGGGGAUGUCGGAGCUCCUGGCGGAGAAGAACCUUGACUCCACGUCCAAGUACUACGUGAAGACCAUAUCAUCGUGCGGGGCGACUCUCAUGGCGCUAAUCAACGAUAUCCUCGACAUGUCCAAGAUAGAGGCCGGGCUCCUGGACAUCAGGGAGGACACCAUCAGGGUGCAGGAUGUUGUCAAGAGCACCGUGAAAAACGCGUUGAUAGCGCACAGGAUGAAGCACGAGUCCAACAAGAUCAAGUUGGAGAUUGCCCUGGAGUUCGUGGACGGGGUACCCGAGAAGAUCGUUGGGGACGGGUUCAGGAUACAGCAGGUGCUCAUCAACCUGCUGACCAACUCCCUGAAGUUCACCGACGCCGGCUUCAUCAAAAUAGUUGUUUCUUGCAUCAAGAAGGGGGACGUCAAGCCCAGAGCCAGGCCCAGAGCCAGGCCCAGAGCCACAGCCAUCUCUUGUGUGGAGGAGGGGGAUUCCAAGCCCAGAGUCGAGUCCGGAGCCAGAGCCAAGCGCUACAUCCGCGUAAGUGUCCAGGACACCGGGUGCGGCAUGACGCAGGACAGCGCGAAGGAGGCUUUUACAGCCUUUAAGCAGGUUCACUCCAGGACGGACGUAGGGGGGACGGGGCUCGGGUUGAGCAUCUGCAGGCAGCUGUGCGGGCUCAUGGGGGGAGAGAUCGUGUGCUCUAGCACCCUAGGGGUGGGGACCACCGUCACCUUCACGGUGGAGGCGAAAACCCCGCCCGAACCCGGCGGGACCGUGCCACCGCUCAGGAAAGUAUACACGGACGCCACCGUAGACGAUGCAAAAAAUACCGAAAGCUCCGCCUCGUCCAUCGCGUGCGCCCUGGAUCCCAUUACAACCUUGGAGCCCCAAGAAAACUCGACCCACCCGAAGAUCCUCGUGGUCGACGAUGUGCUCGUGAACAGGAAGGUGCUGUCGAGGAUCCUCAAGAGCGUCGGUGUAGACGCCGACACGUGUGACAACGGCCUCCAGGCGGUCCAGAUGUGCGACGCCGGCAGGUACUCGCUCGUUCUCAUGGACAUGGUCAUGCCCGUGAUGAACGGGGUGGAUGCGUGCGCGAAGAUCAGGUCCGGCACUCGCAACAAGGAGACUCCUGUGAUCUUCGUCUCGGCAAACGUGCAGUCCGACGUAAUAUCGAGGUGUUCCGAGAUGGGGGGGAGCGGGUUCGUCACGAAGCCAGUGACCAAGGCCAAGAUCGUGGAGAUAUUUGCCAGGCACUGCUCCCCCGAGGAGAAGGAACACGCGAGGAGGCACCUCAACGACGCCGGUGCACAUCCGGCAACAGGGAAGUGA